UCCGAUGUUCCAUCUCUCCUGGUUGAAAUAGAAGAGAAGGGUUCGAAGUUCACUUUUGCCUCCAAAUUGUUUCGUCUUUCCUCGUUGUCUUCUCUCCGUGGCUGUGGCUGUAGAAGAUGAAUGCUUCGAUAAUAGAUCCGCUGCAAGGAGACUUUCCGGAGGUGAUAGAGGAGUAUUUGGAACAUGGGAUUAUGAAAUGUAUUGCCUUUAACCGCCGUGGUACCCUUCUUGCUGCUGGAUGCUCUGAUGGAAGAUGUAUCAUUUGGGAUUUUGAGACUAGGGGCAUUGCCAAGGAACUUAGGGACAGAGACUGUGCUGUUUCUGUAACAAGUGUGUGCUGGUCAAAGUAUGGUCAUCGUAUUCUUGUGUCUGCUGCUGACAAAUCAUUGACACUUUGGGAUGUUGUCAGUGGGGAGAAGAUUGCACGUGCAUUUCUGCCUCAAACCCCACUACAUGCCCGUCUACAUCCUGGUUCUUCAAUGCCAUCUCUCUGCCUAGCUUGCCCCCUUUCAUCUGCUCCUGUGAUUGUUGACUUAAGUACUGGAAAUACUACUGGGCUACCAUUUACAGUUCCAGACAUAGCCAAUGGAAGUGCCCCUUCACAACGUAACAAAUUCCCUGACGGAACUCCUUUAACACCACCAGCUGCAUGCUUUAACAAGUAUGGGGAUCUGGUAUAUGUGGGAAACUCUAAAGGAGAAAUACUUAUAAUUGAUCACAAAAGCACUCAAGUCCUUGCCAUGAUUCCAACUUCUGGAGGUGCUGGUGCUGCAAUCAAGAACAUUCUAUUCAGCAGGAAUGGACAGUAUCUCCUCACAAAUUCAAAUGAUCGGAUUAUCAGGGUCUAUGUAAAUCUUCUUCCUUUAAAAGAUGGACUAAGAGCUGUUGAAGACCUUAACAAGACCAUCGAAGAGCAAGAUCCUGUUGAGAAGAUGAAGACUGUUGGAUCAAAGUGCUUAGAACUUUUCCGGGAGUUUCAAGAUUCAAUCACAAGGAUGCAUUGGAAAGCUCCUUGCUUCAGUGGUGAUGGUGAGUGGGUUAUUGCUGGCUCAGCUAGCAAAGGAGAGCACAAGAUCUACAUAUGGGACAGGGAUGGGCAUCUUGUGAAAAUACUUGAAGGUCCAAAGGAAGCAAUGAUUGACUUAGCAUGGCAUCCUGUGCACCCCAUUAUUGUGUCUGUCUCCAUUACUGGUUUGGUUUAUAUUUGGGCUAAAGAUUAUACCGAAAACUGGAGUGCUUUUGCUCCAGAUUUCAAAGAGCUUGAGGAAAAUGAGGAGUAUGUGGAACGAGAAGAUGAGUUUGAUCUGAUGCCUGAAACUGAAAAGGUGAAAGAUUCUGGUGUCAAUGAAGAUGAUGAAAUCGAUAUUGUAACAGUGGAGAAAGAUGCUUUCAGUGAAUCGGAUAUGUCCCAGGAGGAAUUAUGCUUCUUACCAGCCACUCCUUGUCCUGAUGUCCUUGACCAGCAAGACAAGCGUGUAGGAAGUUCUUCAAAGUUGAUGGAUCAAAACCGUUCCGAAUCUCCUCUUUCUGAAGAGGAUGGGCAGAAUGGACAUGCAACAAAUAAUACAUCAAGUCCUCCUGAAGAGGACACUGGAGGAAUACAAGUUAAAAGAAAACGGAAGCCUUCAGAGAAGGGGUUGGAGUUACAGGCAGAGAAGGUCAGGAAACCCUUAAAACCCUUGAAAUCUUCCAGUAGAUCAAAGACAAAAAAUAAACCUGUGGUUGAUCAGGAUUUUGACAAUGGUGUAUAUGAAGAUGAUGCUUCUGAUUAUAACUAGUAGAUUAGGAUUCUUAACUCUUUUUGUGCUUGUGAAGAAAAAGGGGGGAAAAUGUCUGUAUAACUUAGACUUAUUUAUUUAUAAUUUCCUUAACUUUUUGGUUGUCAAAUGUCGGUUCCUUGAAAUUCAUGUGAGACACUGCUAUAUACCUACUUCUACAUGGUGAAUGUGCUUGUCAAAAUGGAGCAGAAAAGUUUGGGCCCUGGAACAAGAUCAAAAUAAUAGAGGAACCCUGAAUGAUGGAUUCCAAUAAUUUUUUUUUAUGUUGGACUUAUCUUCUUGUGUUCUAGAAUCCGGACGAUUUCUAGUUAAGUGACUCAGACAUGCAUUCUUGGGGGAGGCCAAGGUAUUUUUUGUGAAUGGCAAUGCUUCGAUUUCAUUCAACCAUUAAUCCCAUCGUGAUUCCAGAGCAAACGGUCAGCUGUAGCUCAAAUGCAAUGUUAUCAGCUAUGACUUUGUUGGUGUUUGCCAUGGCACACAGCCUUCUUCCUGCCCUUACAUUUGGACUGGAACGGAAUAUAUUGUUGGAAAUGCAGAUGCCUGGACUUCUGACAUCCAUUACCUUGAAUGGCUCUGGAUAGAAAUAACUUUUUAUGUUGGAGAUGUAUUAGGUACAUUAAGCCGGCAUUAGUAGCAAGUAAAACUUCUAUUUUUUUUUCUUUGAGAUUUUAUGCUAAUGAUUCACGCAGCUUGUUUCCAUGUUUUCCAGUUUUUAACUACUCCCAGGAAGAUCAACGUUAAGGAACUAUUUAAUCUUAUGAAUGAGGAAUAUCGUUUCAAUUAUCAAAGCAGUUGUUUAUAUUGUAUUUUCUAGUGUAAGAUGGUUUAAUAUACAAUUUUUCAGGAA